GCGGGGCCUGGCUGCCCGACUGAGGGCCGCCCCGGGCCCGGCCUGCAGGGCGCUGUGUAGCUUCUGCGGUUGCUGAGGAGCACUUCAGGAAUCCCGGGAACCGGCGCUGGUGAGCUCAAGAGGAGGUCUAAGACACAUAGACCCAUGGGUAGACACGCCGCUGCAAGCAACCUCUGGCUACAUAGGAACUGAGGAUUUGUUCUCCGAUGCUCCCAUGGAGACAGGAAGCUCUGGGUUGAACAUGAAGCCCCAGUCUUUGCAGCUAGUGCUGGAGGAACAGGUGUUGGCAUUGCAGCAGCAGAUGGCGGAGAACCAGGCUGCCUCUUGGCGGAAGCUGAAGAACUCCCAGGAGGCCCAGAAGAGGCAAGCAGCCCUUGUGAGGAAGCUGCAGGCCAAGGUUUUACAGUACCGGAGCUGGUGCCAAGAGCUGGAGAAGCGGUUAGAAGCCACCGGAGUACGGACUGAUCCCUCAGCGGUGGGAAAGCGUAGAAGAGCCAAACCUGGAACAGCUGCUGGUCCGGCUGGAGGAGGAGCAGCAGAGUACAGGUGUGAGAGCCUAGUGGAGGUGAACACGGAGCUUCGGCUGCACAUGGAGAAAGCUGAUGUGGUGAAUAAAGCCCUUCAGGAAGAUGUGGAAAAAUUGACAGUGGACUGGAGUCGGGCUCGGGACGAGUUAAUGAGGAAGGAGAGCCAGUGGCGGAUGGAGCAGGAGUUCUUCAAGGGCUAUUUGAAAGGUGAACAUGGCCGUCUUCUCAGUCUGUGGCGUGAGGUGGUGACCUUCCGACGUCACUUCCUGAAAAUGAAGUCGGCUACUGACAGAGACCUGACAGAGCUAAAGGCUGAGCAUGCCAAGCUCUCGGGGUCCCUGCUGACGUGUUGUCUGCGCCUGACCGUGAGAGCACAGUCUCGUGAAUCCACUGGAUCUGGGAGAGCGGAGGAGAGUGAGCCGGCCCAGCUGCUGCUGCUGGUGGCUAAGACGCAGGCGCUGGAGAAGGAAGCCCACGAAAAGAGCCAAGAAUUAAUACAGCUGAAGAGUCAGGGGGAUCUGGAGAAGGCCGAGCUCCAGGACCGAGUGACAGAGCUCUCUGCUUUGCUGACCCAAUCUCAGAAGCAAAAUGAAGACUAUGAAAAGAUGGUAAAGGCUCUGAGGGAAACAAUGGAGAUCCUGGAGACAAGCCACGCCGAGUUAAUGGAACAGGAGGCAUCUCUGAGCAGGAAUGCCCAAGAGGAGAAGUUGUCCUUGCAGCAUGUGCUCAAGGACAUAACUCAGGCACUGGCCUCAGUGGAAGAAGAGGACACUGUGACCCAAAGCUCAGAUCGCGAGAGCUCAUUGCAGUUGGACUGUAGUGGCUUCUCCCCGUUUGACCCCCAGGACCCAGACAAGGCUCUUACUCUGGUGCGUUCAGUGCUGACUCGGAGGCAGCAGGCCGUACAGGACCUCAGGCAGCAGCUCUCGGGCUGCCAGGAGGCUAUGAGCUUCCUGCAGCAGCGGCAUGAUCAGUGGGAGGAGGAGGGCAGAGCCCUGAGGGAACGGCUGCACACGCUCACUGGGGAGCGGGAUGCUCUGGCCGGGCAGACGGUGGACCUUCAGGGAGAGGUGGACUCUCUCAGCAAGGAGCGAGAGCUGCUGCAGAAGGCCAGGGGAGAGCUGCAGCAGCAGCUGGAAGUGCUGGAGCAGGAAGCAUGGCGACUUCGAAGAGUGAACGUGGAGCUGCAGCUGCAGGGGGACUCUGCUCAGGGGGAGAAGCAGGAGCAGCAGGAGGAGCUGCACAUGGCCAUCCGUGAGAGGGAGCGUCUUCAGGAGACGCUGGCGAGCCUGGAAGCCAAACAGUCAGAAUCACGAAGUGAGCUGAUCACUCUUCGGGAAGCCCUGGAGUCAAGUCGCCUAGAAGGGGAGUUACUGAGGCAAGAGCAAGUGGAAGUGACGGCAGCCUUGGCCAGGGCAGAACAGUCCAUUGCAGAGCUAUCAGCUUCCGAGAACAGCCUGAAGGCCGAGGUAGCUGAUCUUAGAGCUGCAGCUGUCAAGCUUGGGGCCUUAAACGAGGCUUUGGCUUUAGAUAAAGUUGGGCUGAACCAGCAGCUCCUCCAGUUGGAGCAGGAGAACCAGUCUGUGUGCGGCCGAGUGGAGGAGGCCGAGCACUUGAGAAGUGCUCUGCAGGUGGACCUGGAAGAGGCAGAAAGGCGCAGGGAAGCCCUGUGGGAGAAGAGAACUCAGCUGCAGGCUCAGCUGCAGAAGGCAGAGGAGACAGGGGCUGAGCUCCAGGCAGAACUGCAGAGUGUCCGAGAAGAAAAGGAAGAACUUAAAGAGAAACUAAGUGAGGCACAUCACCAGCAAGAAGCAGCUACAGCUCAGCUGGAGCAGCUGCGUCAGGAUGCAGAGCGACAGGGAGAAACACUUGCUAGAGCAGUCCUGGAGAAGGAGGCCCUCGUACGGGAGAGGGCAGCUCUCGGGGUGCGCCUGCAGGCUGUGGAGCGGGACCGACAGGACCUCACUGAACAAGUCCUGGGGCUCAGGUCAGCCAAGGAACAGCUGGAGAGCAAUCUCUUUGAGGCCCAACAGCAAAAUUCUGUGAUAGAGGUCACCAAGGGGCAGCUGGAGAUCCAGAUUCAAACUGUCACUCAAGCCAAGGAAGUAAUUCAAGGGGAAGUGAAGUGUCUGAAACUGGAACUGGAUGCUGAGAGGAGCCGGGCAGAGCAGGAGCGGGAUGCAGUAGCCAGGCAGCUAGCCCACGCUGAGCAAGAUGGGCAAGCAGCUCUGGAGCGCCAGAAGGCGGCCCACGAGGAGGAGGUGAACGGGCUCCAAGGGAAAUGGGAGAAAGAGCGCUCCUUGCUUCAGCAGGAGCUGGAUAAGACCCUGGAGACCCUAGAAAGGGAGAGAACGGAGCUGGAAGCAAGGCUGAGAGAGCAAGAGACAGAAGCUAAAGCCAUCCGUGCACAGAGGGAUGAGGAGCGAGCCCAGGCUGACAGCACCCUGUACCGAAUGCAACUAGAAACAGAGAAGGAGAGAGUGUCCCUCCUCGAGACACUGUUGCAGACCCAGAAGGAGUUGGCAGAUGCCAGUCAGCAGCUGGAAAGGCUGAGGCAGGACAUGAAGAUUCAGAAGUUACAGGAGCAGGAGACUACUGGCAUGCUGCAGAACCAGCUUCGGGGAGCACAGCAGGAGCUGAAGGAGGCAGCCCAGCAGCACAGGGAGGAGCUUGCUGCCUCCGAGAAGGACAGGGUAGAUCUACAGAAGCAGGUGGAGGACUUGAAGUCGCAGCUGGUAACCCAGGGUGACUCCCACAGGCUGGUGAAACUAGAGAUUCAGGAGAAAGUGAAAGAGGCUCAGGAAUGUAGCCGGAUUCAGAAGGAACUGGAGAAAGAGAAAGCCAGCCUGGCACUGUCGCUAGCGGACAAGGAAGGAAGACUCCUUGUUCUGCAAGAAGCUGACUCUGUCCGACAGCAGGAGCUGAAUUCCCUGCGCCAGGACAUACAGGAGGCCCAGGAGGGGCAGAGAGAGCUCAGUCUGCAGGUGGAACUACUGAGGCAAGAGGUGAAGGAAAAGGAGGCUGACUUUGUAGCCCGGGAAGCGCAGCUGCUGGAGGAGCUGGAGGCCUCACGGAUCACAGAGCAGCAGCUUCGAGCUUCUUUGUGGACCCAGGAAGCCAAGGCAACCCAACUGCAGCUGCAGCUGCGCAGCACUGAGAGCCAGCUGGAGGCACUGGCUGCAGAACAGCAGCCAGAGAACCAGGCCCAAGCACAGCUGGCUAGCCUCUGCUCUGUCCUGCAGCAGGCCCUGGGGUCUGUGUGUGAGAGCCGGCCUGAGCUGAGGGGCGGGGGCGACUCUGCUCCUUCCCUGUGGGGCCCUGAGCCAGAUCAGAAUGGAGCUAGGAGACUCUUUAAGAAAGGGCCCCUCCUGACUGCGCUGUCAGCUGAGGCUGUAGCAUUGGCUCUCCAGAAGCUUCAUCAAGACCUGUGGAAGGCUCAGCAGGCCCGGGAUGACCUAAGGGACCAGAUCCAGAGGCUGACACAGCAGCUCACUGAUACCGAGGCCCAGAAGAGCCAGGUCCACUCGGAGAUGCAGGACUUGGAGAGACAGCUCUCCCAGAGCCAGGAAGAGAAAUCCAAGUGGGAAGGGAAACAGAACUCCCUGGAGUCUGAGCUGAGGGACUUGCACGAGACUGUGGCAUCCUUACAGAGUCGCCUACAGCAGGCAGAGCUGCAGAAAGUGGAAGCGCAGAAUGAGUGUGAGUUGCUGCAGGCAUCCAAGGAGAAGCUGACAGCCCAGGUUGAACAUCUGCAAACACGUGUUGCAGAAGCCCAGGCUCAGGCAAGUGCAGCCGGUGUCCUGGAAGAAGAUCUGCGAACGGCUCGCUCAGCACUGAAACUGAAAAACGAGGAGGUGGAGAGUGAGCGGGAGAGAGCCCAGGCUUUGAGAGAGCAGGGCGAGCUAAAGGUGGCCCAGGGGAAAGCUUUGCAGGAGAAUCUAGCCCUGCUGGCCCAGACCCUGUCUAACAGAGAACGGGAGGUGGAGACAUUGCAGGCUGAGAUCCGGGAACUGGAAAAGCAGCGGGAAAUGCAGAAGGCGGCUCUGGAGCUGCUCUCCCUGGACCUGAAGCAGCGGAGCCAAGAGGUAGACCUGCAACAAGAACAGAUUCAGGAGCUGGAGAAGUGCAGGUCGGUCUUAGAGCACCUGCCCAUGGCCGUCCAGGAGCGGGAGCAGAAACUGAGUGUGCAGCGGGACCAGAUCAGAGAACUGGAGAAAGAUCGGGAGACCCAGAGAAGUGUCCUGGAACAUCAGCUCCUGGAGCUGGAGAAGAAGGCUCAAGUGAUUGAAUCCCAGAGGGGACAGAUUCAGGAUCUGAAGAAGCAGCUGGUAACACUAGAGUGCCUGGCCCUGGAACUGGAGGAAAGCCAUCACAAAGUGGAGGGCCAGCAGCAGGUGAUUGCGGAGCUGGAGGGCCAGAGGGAGAUGCAGAGGGUAGCUCUAACCCAUCUCACACUGGACCUGGAAGAAAGGAGCCAGGAGCUGCAGGCACAAAGCAACAAGCUCCAGGAGCUGGAGAGCCACAGCAGCCAUGUGGCGAGAGAGCUGCAGGAGAGGGACCAGGAGGUGAAGGCUCAGCGCCAGCAGGUGAAGGAACUGCAGAAGCAGAAAGAGCAGCUGACUCAGGACCUGGAGAGGAAGGACCAGGAGCUGAUGCUGCAGAAGGAGAGGAUUCAGGUUCUGGAAGAUCAGAGGACGCUGCAGACCAAGAUCUUAGAGGAGGACCUGGAACAGAUCAAGCAUUCCUUGAGGGAACGCGGCCAGGAGCUGGCCUCUCAGCGGCAGCUGAUGCACGAGCGGACAGACGAUGGGAAGAGCCCUAGUAAAGCCCAGCGUGGGAGCCUGGAGCACUUGAAGCUGAUCCUGCGGGAUAAGGAGAAGGAGGUAGAAUGCCAGCAGGAGCGCAUCCAGGAACUUCAGGAGCACACGGGCCAGCUGGAACAGCAGCUCCAAGGCCUGCACAGGAAGAUGGGUGAGACUAGCCUGCUCCUGACCCAUCGAGAGCAGGAGCUAGCAACCCUGCAGCGGCAUCUCCAGGAAGCCGGGGAACAAGGAGAGCUGAAAGAGCAGGCACUUCAGGGUCAGCUGGAGGAGGCCCAGAGAGCUCUGGCCCAGAGGGACCGAGAACUGGAGGCCCUUCAGCAAGAACAGCAGCAGACCCGGGGCCAGGAGGAAAGCAUGAAGCAAAAGACAAGUGUUCUGCAGGCCGCUCUGGAGCAGGCCCAGGAGACGCUGCAGGAGCGUCAGAGGGAGCUGGAGGAGCACAAGGAACAGGUGCAGAGGCUCCAGGAAGAGCUGGCAGUGGAGGGGCGGCAGGUACGGGCCCUGGAGGAGGUGCUGGGAGACCUGAGGGCUGAGUCUCGGGAGCACGAGAAGGCUGUGCUGGCCCUUCACCAGCGGUGUGCUGAACAGGCCCAGGAGCAUGAGGCCGAAGCCAGGGCCCUGCAGGACAGCUGGCUGCAGGCCCAGGCCACACUUACAGAACAAGAACAAGAGCUGGCAGCUCUUCGAGCAGAGAAUCAGUAUUCCCGCCAUCAGGAGGACGCAGCAUGGGGCCAGGCAGAGGCUCUGCAGCAGGCCCUCAGCAAAGCCCAGGCUGCCCUGCAGGACAAAGAGCAGAGUCUCCUUGAGCAAGCUGAAUUGAGCUGCACUCUGGAGGCCAGCACUACCAACUUGCAGGCUACCCUGGACACCUGCCAGGCACGUGCCCAACAGCUGGAGGAGGCCCUGAGGAUGCGAGAAGGUGAGAUCCAGGCCCAGGCUCUCCACCACCAGGAGGUUGUGCAGCAGCUCCAGCAGGCCCUUUCCCAGAAGGAGGAGGAGCUGAGGCGGCAGGAAGAGCAGGGGCAGCUGCGGGAAACGGCGCUGGCCCAGAGGAGUCAAGAAAGUGGACUCCGAGAGAAGCAAAGUCUGCAGCAAGAGAGAGAAGAGGAGACCGGGGGCCUUGUGGAGAGCCUAAGGGAGCUACAGCUGGCUCUAGCCCGAAAGGAAGAAGAGAUUUUGAUGCUGAGGGAGGCCCAGCAAAGGCAGAGUCUGGAGGCCUCUUCCCCAAGCCACAGAGCCUUCCCAGUGGAGAAGGCAACUCCACAGCUGCCCCCCGUGCAGCAGGAGUUGGAGCGACUGCAGAAUGCCCUGAGGCAGACGGAGGCCAGGGAGAUCGAAUGGAGGGAGAAGGCUCAGGACUUGGCGCUGUCCCUGGCCCAGAGCAAGGCCAGCAUCAGCAGUCUGCAGGAGAUAGCCAUGAUCCUGCAAGCCUCUGUCCUAGAGAGGGAGUCGGAACAGCAAAGGCUACAGGAGGAGCUGGUGCUCAGCAGACAGGCUCUGGAGGAGCAGCAGUCACAUGGCCCACACUCAACCAACAGAGCAGACCAAGGGCCCAAAGCUGGACAAGACAGACAGCCUGGAGAGGUAUCUGUGGCUGAGCCUAGUCCUGGGGAGGAGGAGAAGGAGCAGUGGACACAAAGGCUUGAACGUCUGCAGGAAGCAGUGGCGCAGCUGGAAUUUGACCGCAGCAAACUGCAGCACCACAACGCACAGCUGCGGACUGUCUUAGAGCAGGUGGAGCGGGAACGGAGGAGGCUGAAGAGGGAGUCCAUGCGCGCUUCCCGAGCAGAGUCACUGGAGACGAGAGAAACUCUGGCUUCAUCCCCUGUACAGCAGGAUGGAAGAGGAGGUCAGAAAGGUUCCUCGGAUAGCAUGCAUGUGCUUGAGCUUCAGAGAGAGGGAGAGUUCUGACCUGGCCUAGAGGGAAGAAGCUAGAACAGACGGAGAGAGCAUAAGUGCUCCCUGCAGAAGGAAAGACGGGCUGCUGGGGCCACCCCAGUUAUCCCAGGGCAUCACAAAGUCCACAUUGUGACCACCAUCCUUUAGCCUGCCUGGGGAAAGUCUCCAGCCUCUUUCUCUAAUGCUGGGAAGUGAGAGCCCAGGGGCACACACUGUCCUCAGCUCUCUUUCCACUCAGACGUCUGAGAUCUCUCUCUGGAACAAGCCUGAGGUAAACUUGUGAUGUCCCCUAGAAGCCAAGCCUUGCAAGACUGUUCUGUCAGUAAAUGACCCACCUUCCCCCGCUGCUAUGGUUUUGGUGUGAUCCUCCAAAAUUCUUACUCUCUCCUUUAAUUUUUUAAAAAUCAACUCACGCCGGGCGGUGGUGGCGCACGCCUUUAAUCCCAGCACUCGGGAGGCAGAGGCAGGUGGAUCUCUGUGAGUUCGAGGUCAGCCUGGUCUACAGAGUGAGAUCCAGGAAAGGUGCAAAGCUACACAGAGAAACCCUGUCUCGAAAAACCAAAAAAAAAAAAAUCAACUCACAACGUAUUAGAUAUCAUUAUGGCACUUUCUCUAUUUCAUUUUUUCUAGAUUUAUAUUAUGACACCUGUAGCCCCUACUAAUACAUAUAUACACACAUAAUUUAUACACAUACUAUGGUAUCAAAAACUCUUCCCUAACAAAGGAAGCAACCACAGAAAGGUUUUUAAAUUGUUUUGCACUCAUUCAUUUAGUGUGUAUGUGCUGGGGGGGGCAUACAUUCCAUGGCGCAUAUGUGUGGUGAUCACAGGACAGCCUGCAGGAGCCGGUUCUCUCCUUGCACUGUGUGAGUUCUAGAAAUUACCAGGCUUAGUGACAAACAAAACUACCCACUGAGUCACAUCCCUAGCCCCACAGAACAGUUUCAUCUGCCCAGAAUAGCUAGUACUAUUAAAGUAACAGAAAAGCAAGAAACCCCAACAACUCUCCUUGCAAAACCAAUAUGCUAAACUUGGCUCCCAUUAUAAUGUAGUUAUUUUUCACACUAGUACACAAGACCCAGCUUUGAUACAUAUGUGUAAAUACAUAUAAAAAACAAACCAGUGUACUUCAUCUUUUAGACAAGAAUGCUAAAUUCGUCUCUCCUCAUUAAAAACCAAUUGCAGCCUGGCAUGUUGGUGUAGCCUUUAAUCCCAGCACAUGAGAGGCAGCAACAGGCAGAUCUCUGAGUUUGAGAGCAGUCUGGUCUGCAUAUGGAGUUCCAGGCCAGCCAGGGCUACACCAUCUCAAAAAAUUAUAAUAGCUGGCUCAGUGGGUAAAAGCACUUCCCACACAAGCCUGAUUAGGGGCCUGAGCUCAAUCCUUCAGCUUGAAGAAAGGAAAAUUGUCUUAAACCACAGUCUGCAGCUUGCUCACAUCCAUCUCCAGGGAGUUUCUGGCAGCCGGUCAGUGUCAUUCUGGUUCUGUGGCUUGUGGAUCAGCUGCCAGGCCCCAGUAGGGAGCUCCUCCCACAAAGGCAAAUGUGUAUGGGUGUGUUGCCUAUAUGUAUGUAUGUGCACCAUGUGCAUGCAGUACCCACAAAGGCCAGAAGGUGGUGUUGGAUUUCCUGGAACUGGAAGUACUGAUGGUUGAGGGCCACCAUGUGGGUUCUGGAAACUUAUCCCCAGGUACUCUGAAAAAGCAGCCGUGCUCUUAACUACCAGGUCAACUCUCAAGCCUCUGCACCCAUCUUUUUUUAAUGCAGGUUCUUAGGAUCAAACUCAAGUCAGAUAGUUUUUGUAUUCCAUUUUUCCUGGAGUGAGACCUGAAAAUUUACAUACUGAUCCCUAUAUAUAGUCAUUUAGUUUGGCUCUGUUUUGCCUCUGAGCAACCUCAUGGACUCAUGCAUAUGUCUUUGCUACCUGGUACAUCUUUUGUUUUGAGAUGGGUUCUCACAGCCCAGGCUGACCUUGAACUGCCUUGAAAUCCUGAUCCUCCUUCCUCUGCCUUCUAAGUGCUGGGAUUACAAGCAUUACCAUGACUGGUCUUUGUUUCAGUUUUUUGUAUGUUUUGUUUUAAAAACUAGGUCUCCCUACAUAGCCCAGGUUGACCUCAGACUUGCAGUCCUCCUGACUCAACCACUGCAAAUGGUCUGGUAAACUUUAACAUACAAAACAAACCCCUAUACCUAAUAGUUCGGCGAUCAGCUUUGGUCAAAGGUGCUCAGGGGGCACUACAGACUCAUAACUGUCAAAGUGCCAAGAGUACAUGACUGUUGGCAUACAGUACAUACCCAGACAUAAGUGGGACAGCCAUAUUACACCCUUCAAGGCUCAGGGAACAUUUCGGAAGAUGGGGUGGAGAGAAUGUAAGAUCUACAGGAAGAAGGGAGAGCAGCGUGGAAUUCUGAAUUCUGGGCAUGACUUGGUAGUUGCACUCUUGAUCUCAUGACAGCUCAGAUUAUCUGCACAAAAUCUCCAAAAGAUUGGGCCAAUCAACACCCGAGGAUUUAUAUGCAGAUAAUGGUUGGUAGGGGAAGCAGAGAGAUUUUUGUAAGCGAUGGAUCACAUGAUCACACAAAGACAUGAAAGAAGAAGGAAAGUGAAGGGGAUUAUGGGAAAGGAAGAAGGCUAAACGAGGGUAACUGUGUGUGUGUGUAUAAGAGAGAGAGAGAGAGA